AUGAUCUCUACCAUAACACCCGCGGAAAGGCGUCUCGCUCAGUGCUUGCACGACGAUAUCGCCGUCUUACGGUAUUAUGGUAAGGGACUCAUGACGGCCGUCAGCCACAACACGAUACCCAGGAUAUUCGGCCCUCAAGACGUUAUGCGCCAAGUCCAGGGCUGCGAGUUUGCGCACAGAAAGACGAGAAAUAGUGACGGGGGGUGUGCAAGGGCGAAAGACUCGGGAACAGCAGGUUUUUGUAUGCUCGCUGCGUGGGCGAUUGAUGAAAUCAACGAAGUUGAUUUUGAUCAGCUGCAAUCUCUGUUCGACAUCUACCCACCGUUCGUCGAGGACUGGAUCAAACUCGCCGUCUCCGAAGUCCUCUCCCCUCUCGCAAACGUUUCGACGACCUCCUAUCACUCACACGGGCUUGACGUUUAUUCGUGGCUUACUGGCGCCUCACCUGUUCGUCCUGUCUCCUACCUCGCCUUCAUCCCAGUCUCACUCCCUCCUAUCGGCCUCACGCAGUUCGUGCAGUAUCUGAUCGUCCCGCGCGUUUCUGGACUAUCGUACACGGAGCUCAAUUCAAGACUUGCCGGUACCACGGGCCACUUGCAAGGGACUCCGAUGGCUCUUCCAUGCUGGUCUCCCGCCCUCGCACUCGAGCCUAGCGUCGUGGAGGAAUCGAUCGAAGGUGGCGAGGGUUCUCCCACCUCUAUGUUGUCUGUCGUUGGCCUGCUGCUCAAGGAUCUAGAGCCGCACGUCGCGGAGACGAACAAGCACCUCCCCUCCAACUCUCAACUUCACAUCCCUCUCCAUAACGGCGCGAAGGCUUUCGUCGUUACCGGUCCUCCUCGUGUGCUUUACGGUGUCGUUCCUAGCCUCAGGAAGGUCAAGGCUCCAAGUGGCGUCGAUCAGAGCAAAACGCCCUUCUCGCAGCGCAAGCCGGUCUUCUACGGCUGUUUCCUCACUAUGAAGGAUGAGGAGUUGUGGGACGUGAAGUACUUGAAUAUUCCGGUGUUCCACACCGAAGAUGGCUACGAUCCCCGCGAGCUUUCCACGUCUCUCACCCGUUCCAUCUGCGACCAGAUUUUCACUUCCCCAAAGCCCUCCCCUCCUUUGUCCAGCGCAUCCUCGGGGCGAUCGACGACCACUCCGGGACCUUCAACACUCUGGUACGGCCGUCGCGCCUGCACCCACAUCCGCAAAGAACGCAUGGCUUCCAUCUACGACAAAGCGCUCAAGCGGAAAGAUUUCAGCGGGAUCGUGGAUCCCGGAUGCGUUGGCGAGUAA